GAAAAAGCCACGCGGGGUUCGGCAAAAGUCUUGCUGGAGGCCCCAGAAAUCCAGUGAGUUGGGGAUGUGGGCCCCUGAAGAGUGCUCACCAUCUAUUUAUUCUACACAGAGAACGCGAAGGGAUCUGAGGGCACUUCACCAAGUACCUCGCGGCACUUUGGCGGACGGCCCCCUCUGUCACGAGAUGAUUCACUGCAUUAUUAGCUCGCCCGCUAAGGCACCCGUGGGUAAACCCGACGCGCCGCAGGCAGCUGCGCGUACCAGCACCACCGACCUGACCGCCGGCGGCCUCGCCAGCCGCAAGCCCGCGGGCGCGGGCGCGCGCGCGCCCCGCCCGUCGCAGUCCAGCGGCCAGCCCAAAGUCCUCGACCUCCGCAGCCCUGCCAGCGCCAGGCCUGCGGGCACGCACUCGCCCCGCCCCUCGCAGCCCAGCAGCCGGCCCAGCGCCAGCAGUCAGCCUUCGCCCAAGGCCGCCGCACGCCUCUCGAGCAACCGGGGCGCUAUGGCAGCAACAGCGGCCAGACUCCCGCAGCCAGCCAAUGGCGCACGGGCCAAGGGGCCACUGAGCCCGGAGUCCGAGGCCAAGGCGGAGAGCAUCCACCAGAAGUGCGCCCACGACGAGGACGAGUGGUACAUCCGGGUGGACGACUCCGAUCCUCAGGAGGCCGAGCUGGUGCGCGCAGCCAGCGCAGCAGGGCGUGGGAUCGAGGACAUUUGCCUGCUGAAGAGUGCGGCCGAUCUCUGCACGUUCUUGCACAGCAUCCAGGUGCCCGAGACAAGCCUCGUCCUGGUGGACACCGCGUGCCAGUGCUAUGGAGCCUGGGCGUUCUCGGAAGAUUUCGCCGACAAGGGCGGCGGAAACUUGUUUCCUGUGAAGGUGGCCAUUACCACCGACUGCGAGGCCGCCCUGGGAGAAGGCAGCCAAUCGAUGCCGCCCAGCAGAAGCCCGACAUCACCAAGCGGUCCAAGCCAGCAGAGCGCUACGGCGUCGCAGGUUGUGCAGCGCACCGUGGAUCACGAGCGCAUCCCCCACAAGGUUCGGGUGCUCCAGGACCGCGUGCCGCCAGGCGGCGCCGAGCGCGGCGCCGUCCAACCCCUCGACGCCGAGUCGCUGCGCGUGGUCUACGAGGAUUCCCUCAGCACCGCUUCCGGGGAGCGCGAGGGCCUCGACGACGAGCUGCAGGCGCCCGCGGCCGACAGGGCGGCUCUGGCAGCGCCCUCAGGGCCAGAGGUGGCGCAGGCUGGCUCCCCACAACGGUCGGCUCCGUCGGUCGACGCGGAGCGUUUCCGCGACAUCGUCGAGCGCGCGGCCGGGGAGGAGCGGCGAAUGGGCACGGACGGGAAGCCCCACGGGCGCGGCAGCUUCGUCGGCAGCUGGGAGACCGCUGCUGACGCGGAGUGCCCCGACUGGAACCUCGAGGCGUGGCUCGGCAGUACCGCCGCCGUGGCCGCCGUGGCCGAGGCACUGGUGCCCCAGGAGCUUUCACGUGCGGUGGGCCCCCUCGCCUUCAUCACGGCCGUGGGCCGGAAAGGCAAGGAGGACCGAGAAGCGACCCGCCGCGCCAUCGCGCACCAGCUGGACCAGAACGGCAUCAGCCUCGAGCUUGCCAGCGCCAUUGUAGACCGCGGCGUCGCCCUCGUGGACAGUGCAGCCGCCACAGGCGCGGCCCUGAACGAGAAGUUCGCUGCCGACGGGGGGUUCGAGUUCGACUUCGGCACGAAGGCGGAUUUCUUCCAGGGUUUGGAGUUCCGCAUCGGCUCCCCGAAUCCAGACGUCCUCAAAGGUAUGGUCUACGACCACUGCGAAAAUGUGGACUCCAAGUCUGAGUGGGAGACGGGAAACUAUGGCAUUACCACCACGUCCAGGAAUGAGUUCCUCCUGGUGCUCCAGGACGUGUUCGACCAGUUGAAGGACACCUGCAGUCUUGGAGCCACGAACGAAGAAGUGGCCGAUUGGGACCAGCACGUCAAGAAGCUCAAGGAGGAGGUCGAAAAGCUCCCGGAACCGGUGCAUCUGGGGGUGGACCCGCCGCUGAGGCUGCAGUGGCCAGAUGAGACGAAAAAUACUGGAAACCCCCGGUCCACAAAGCGAGCGGAGAUCCUACGUGGCUUGGCUGAAAAGAACAAGGAGCUCAGGGAGGUUGGGGAGAAGCCCCUGCUGCUGGCUGAGGCCGUCGCUCUGUGUCUGUACUCGGGCCCUCUGUUCGAGAAAUACAACGCCGUGUGCCGCGGGGGUCCUCUGCAGUGCGAGCGCGAGCCCAGCAAGGUCAUGCGCGACCGGUUCCAGAGUUUGUGCGGAGACGGCGGAGACCAUCCAGGCAGCAGCAAAGAAGUCGCGGUGAAUCGGUACGCGACAACCAUCCACGUAUUGGCCUCAGCGCUUGUGAAGGCCAGCAAGACGUCCAAGGCCUGCACCGUCAUGCGCGGCACCAAAGACGGCCGUCUCCCGAAACAAUUUUGGAAGGAGGACGACGCCGGGGUGAAGGGCGGCAUCGAAUACGGAUUUAUGAGCACAACCACGGACCGUGAAGUCGCCAUGCAGUACGCGUCGGGCCAGAGCGCAGGCACCGUCUUGGAGAUCCAGACCGGCAUGAUCGACAGGGGCGCCGAGCUGAGCUGGAUCUCGCAGUACCCACAUGAAAAGGAAAUGUGUUUCCCGCCCCUGACCAGCAUGCAAGUUCUCGGCACAUCUGUCGAGGACAAGGUCCUGGUGGUCUCCCUUCGCCUGAAUCUCAAUCUCACCUGCUCGACUAUCGAGGAGGUGAUCGGGAAGAGGCGCAAGGUGGUCAAGGACAUGUGCCGGAACCUGCAGGACGAGGCGAAGCGCGAGAUGAAGCGGGAGGCGGAGAGGGAAGCACGGCCACAGCUCAAAGACGAGCACGUCGCAAAAAUCCAGGAAGUGCUCGGAAAGGCUCUCCGCGACAUCUACGACCGACCGUUUGAAGUUUUCAAUACCGAUGACUACUUCCAGAGCUCCUUGAAGGUCGCGCUGGAGUGCAAGAGGGUGGCGCUGCAAGCUGCAGGACCGGCUGCAAGAGGGUGGCGCUCCAAGCUGCAAGCCAACGCACCGUGCAUGGAACUGAUCUCUCACGCCAAAUCCUGCAUCGAUUGCGGCAGCAGGUGCGAGGCGGAGGCGGUUGUAGGCCUGUUGCUGGGUUUGACGCAAAUCCCGGACCAGCAGGUCCGCAGCAAUGCGCUCGCGGCCAUAGCCUCAGGCCGCACGCUCGAAGAGCUCAUCGCCCUCGCCAAGGCCGGCGGCGGCCUCGGGGUGCUGACAGAUAGGCUCCUACAGGCCCUCCGUGCGGAAAACAUUGGCGAGGUCGGGCGCGAGGAGUUCGCCGCCCUGGCCUUGGCAUUCUUUGGCGGCCCCGAGGCGCUCGGGUUUGCCAUCGAGCCGCUUGCGAAUCUGGCCCAGGACAAGGAGUGGCGGAUCCGCUGCACCGCGUGCGAGGCCCUCGGCGCCGUCUCCGAGGCCGGCGGCCCCGAGGUGGCCGGGAAGGCGCUGGAGCUGCUCUCGCGGCUGGCCCAGGACAAGAGCUCGAGUGUCCGCGCGGCCGCGUGCAGGCCGCUCGGCGCCGUCGCCGAGGCCGGCGGCCCCGAGGUGGCCGGGAAGGCGCUGGAGCUGCUCUCGCGGCUGGCCCAGGACCAGGAGUGGCCGGCGGCCCCGAGGUGGCCGGGAAGGCGCUGGAGCUGCUCUCGCGGCUGGCCCAGGACAAGUAGCUUCGAGUGUCCGCCCGGGAUGACCGUGCGGGCCGCUCGGCGCCGUCCGCCGAGGCCGGCGGCCCCGAGGUGGCCGGGAAGGCGCUGGAGCUGCUCUCGCGGCUGGCCCAGGCCGGCGGCCCCGAGGUGGCCGGGAAGGCGCUGGAGCUGCUCUCGCGGCUGGCCCAGGACAAGGACUGCAGUGUCCGCGCGGCCGCGUGCGGGCCGCUCGGCGCCGUCUCCCAGGCCGGCGGCCCCGAGGUGGCCGGGAGGGCGCUGGAGCUGCUCUCGCGGCUGGCCCAGGACAAGAGCUCGAGUGUCCGCCGGGACGCGUCCGGGCCGCUCGGCGCCGUCUCCAAGGCCGGCGGCCCCGAGGUGGCCGGGAAGGCGCUGGAGCUGCUCUCGCGGCUGGCCCAGGACCAGGAGUGGUGUGUCCGCAAGGCCGCGUGCGGGGAGCUCGGCGCCGUCUCCAAGGCCGGCGGCCCCGAGGUGGCCGGGAAGGCGCUGGAGCUGCUCUCGCGGCUGGCCCAGGACAAGAGCUCGAGUGUCCGCCGGGACGCGUGCGGGCCGCUCGGCGCCGUCGCCGAGGCCGGCGGCCCCGAGGUGGCCGGGAAGGCGCUGGAGCUGCUCUCGCGGCUGGCCCAGGCCGGCGGCCCCGAGGUGGCCGGGAAGGCGCUGGAGCUGCUCUCGCGGCUGGCCCAGGACCAGUUCAGGCCCGCACGCGCGGCCGCGUGCGGGCCUCUCGGCGCCCUCUCCAAGGCCGGCGGCCCCGAGGUGGCCGGGAAGGCGCUGGAGCUGCUCUCGCGGCUGGCCCAGGACAGGGUCGUGGAUGUCCGCCAGGCCGCGUGCGGGGAGCUCGGCGCCGUCUCCAAGGCCGGCGGCCCCGAGGUGGCCGGGAAGGCGCUGGAGCUGCUCUCGCGGCUGGCCCAGGACUAGGAAGUGGAUGUCCGCGCGGCCGCGUGCGGGCCGCUCGGCGCCGUCUCCGAGGCCGGCGGCCCCGAGGUGGCCGGGAAGGCGCUGAAGCUGCUCUCGCGGCUGGCCCAGGACAGGGUCGAGUGUGUCCGCGCGGCCGCGCGGCGCGCGGCGCGUUAAUGGCUGAGUCAGCGCGCGUGCACCUUGUCCCACGCGGCAGCGGCCAGCUGCAGUGGCCACGCAGCCCCUGGUUCUGCCUGCCUCCUCCGCUUUCCCGCAGCCACGCUGACGGGCCUCGCGUCGCAGUGGCAACCUGCAUUUAAUUCGCAGAAUAUAAGAGCAUCGAGCGGCAGUGCCCGUGUCAAUCUUUACUCAAUCGUAAGUGCAUGGCGAGUCGGCGCGCGUGCCAUUCCGUG